GGCUUCGAGGAUUCGUUCGGGAAACCUUCGUGCGUUCGACUGUUUCCGGAGCGGAAGCCGCCGUUGCCCAGGCAACGCUAAGCUCCCGCGGGCGCCGAGGCCUUCGCUGCUGCUUCGUGAGGCGGAGCCAAUUUGCAACACUAGGAUGGGGAGGAAACAAUUUGGGGCCAUAGAGGGACGGAGGGUCAGUGUCUACAAUACACAAAACCUUGAUGUUAGUUUUCCCGACUGACUGGGAUUUUAGAGUCGAAGUUCUCCAGACUGAAUGGGAUUUUAGAGUGGAGUUUCUCAACCGAAAGGAGCUUACCGCCUUCUGAUAUUCAGCUUUCAACAUGGCUGUGUACAUUGAUAAUCGAAUAGAAGCUCUUGAAUCCCUUGGACCCCAUUCCCACAUUGCAUGGCACCAUGUUCAGCCAUUUUUGGCGGUUGCAUCCAUGAAUUCAAAUUCUGGAGGAAGUGUGGAUAUUUUUCUGGAACAGGGAGAGUGUGCCUGUGACGCCCACUUGGAAAGAAACUUUCGGGUCACGUGCCUCAACUGGCAUCCAUCCAAACUGAUCAUGGCAGUGGGAUGUGAGAUGGGAGAUGUGGUGGUGGUGAACAAACAAGAUAAGGAGCAUCAUGCUGUACCUUCCAACCACAAUGCUGAUAUUACAGUCCUAAACUGGAGCACUAAUGGCACCCGACUAGUUUCUGGUGAUAAACUUGGUGUCCUUGUGCUAUGGAGGAUGGACCAGCGGGGUAGAGUUCAAGGCCCCCCACUACUUAAGCAUGAAUAUGGAAAACAUCUCAAUUAUUGCAUUUUCCGACCACCGCCUCCUGGAGAGGACUUGGUCCAGUUAGCAAAAGCUGCAGUGAGUGGUGAUGAGAAGGCCUUGGACAUGUUUAACUGGAGAAAAGCUGGCAUGGGAAUGCCUCUGAAAAUGGGACCCCAAGAAGGGCUGUCCUUCUUUAUCAGUAUGAUUGAUGGAACUGUGCAUUAUGUGAAUGAAAGAGGAAAAACCACCCAGGCAUUGACCACAGAGAGUUCAGUUCAAAAGCUACUGUUCAUGGAAAAAGAUAUCUUGGUAGUAAUAACAGAAACACUCCUUCUAUCUCUUCAUAAAAUUUCUCUUGAAGGUGAAACAGAGGAAAUCUUGAAGGUAAAGCUGAGUGGGAAGAUUGGCCACCCUGCCGAUAUUAUUUUGAUUGACAAUAGCCUCCUUAUCACUGCAACAGGUGAACCAGUCAUUAGAUUCUGGGACUUGGAGCGAGGUGAGAACUAUGUGCUGUCUCUGGAUGAGCAGCUUGGAUUUGAAAUAGGAGAGUGUGUCAACUGUGUGUCUUAUUGCAGUGCUAAAGGUCUUCUAUCAGGUGGCACAGAUAAAGGGAGAAUAGCUAUGUGGCGGAAAGCAGCACUCUCCAACCAAAAUACGUGGUCACUGGAAGGAAAGGACAGAUGGAAGCUUCAGGCACCUACAGAGCUGGAAGGGAAUAUCAUUCAAAUACAGUGGGGGUCGAAGAAGAAUUUGCUGGCUGUAAAUACAACCAACUCUGUGUCAAUCCUUAGUGAACAGGCCAUGUGCUCACACUUCCAUCAGCAAGUGGCAGUGGUGCAGGUUUCUCCAAACUUGUUCAGCUUUACUUCCUUCAGCAACAAGAUGACUGACAACCUCCGUAUUGACAUGCAUGUGAAUGGAGUUUUUACCACUAAGGAUGCUGUCACGUUUUGGAAUGGAAAACAAGUUGCUGUCUUUGAAUUUUCGGGUACCGCUUUACGAAAUUUGGGUUCUUUCAGCUGUGAUUCCCCUGUGCUGGCUAUGCAUGAAGAAAACCUUUACACAGUUGAGCCAAAUCGGGUUCAAGUUCGCACCUGGCAAGGCACUGUUAAGCAGCUGCUACCGUUCUCUGAAUCUGAAGGGAAUCCAUGCCUUCUUGAUGUUUGUGGGAAUUUCUUGACGGUGGGAACAGACAUGGCUAACUUCAAAAUAUUUGAUCUUUCUCGCAGAGAAGCAAAAGUACACUGUGGUAGCAAGGCUCUUCCUGAACUGGUUCCUGGCACUAGUGGGAUUGCAUCUGUCAAGUGCAAUGCAAGUGGAAACAAAGUGAGCAUCCUCAUCAGCAAGGCUGAUGGGAGCAUUGAUUCCAAGAUCUGGUUCUAUGACAUUGAGAUGGAUACAGUUACCCUGUUUGAUUUCCAGUCUGGUCUACAGAAAGAUGCGAGGGAGACUAUGUCCUUUGGACAGGAAGCUGAAGGGACAAACACGUCUGAAUUUCCUGAACUGUGUCAUCGCAUCCCUGUUAGUCAGUUUUGGGAUCAAAAUGAGCCAAGGCUUUUCAUAUGCGAAACAGUCCUUGACCCAAGUCAGCAGUCGCUGGACAAGAAACAAGAAUCAUCAGAAAACAUGAUGGAUGUUUUGAUUAUAUGCUUCUUCACUACUGAGGAACAUGGCCUUUUGCUCCAGGAUAGUUUUCCAUUGCCGUCAUCCUACCAGUCUCUUUUAGGCAUGGAGGUGCCCCAUUAUUAUUUUUCUAGAAAGCCUGAAGCAGAGAGAAAAGAUGGGAAGGAACCUGGCGUAGUAUCACUCUACCAGAUGGUAGCCAGAAGACCGAUGCGUGAUUUCUUUGGUCUGGAAGAGUGUGACAAAACUACACGUGAUGCUAUGCUUAACUUCAGCUUGCAUCUUACAAUUGGGGAUAUGGACGAGGCUUUUAAAUCCAUCAAACUCAUAAAAAGCGAAGCAGUCUGGGAGAAUAUGGCCCGUAUGUGUGUAAAGACACGAAGGCUGGACGUUGCCAGAGUUUGUCUGGGGAACAUGAGCCAUGCCCGAGGAGCCAAAGCAUUGCGAGAGGCUGAGCAAGAACCAGAGGAAGAAGCCAGGGUUGCCAUGUUGGCAAUCCAGCUGGGCAUGCUGGAAGAUGCUGAGCAACUGUACAAGCAGUGCAAGCGCUAUGACCUCUUGAACAAGUUCUACCAGGCCUCAGACCAGUGGGAGAAAGCCAUAGAAGUAGCCGAGGCGCAUGACCGUGUCCACCUGCGCACCACCUAUUACAAUUAUGCCAAGCAUUUGGAAGCCACUGCUGAUCGAACUCUCGCACUCACCUACUAUGAAAAAUCCGACACACACAAAUUUGAGGUACCACGGAUGCUUUCUGAAGAUUUACAGGCUUUGGAAUCUUACGUCAACAAGAUGAAAGAUAAAGGCUUGUGGAAGUGGUGGGCGCAGUACCUGGAAGGUCAGGCAGACAUGGAAGCAGCUUUGAAAUACUAUGAACUGGCUCAGGAUUACUUUUCCAUGGUCCGUAUUCACUGUUUCUUGGGUAACAUCCAGAAGGCAGCUGAUAUUGCAAAUGCAACAGGUAACUGGGCAGCUUCGUAUCAUGUUGCCCGCCAGUAUGAGAGCCAUGAUGACAUCAAACAGGCUGUACACUUCUAUACCAGAGCCCAAGCUUUUAACAAUGCUAUUCGGCUGUGCAAGGAGAAUAAUCUGGAUGACCAACUGAUGAAUCUGGCUCUUCUCAGUUCUCCAGAAGAUAUGAUCGAAGCAGCACGCUAUUAUGAAGGAAGAGGGGAGCAAAUGGACAGAGCAGUAAUGCUUUACCACAAAGCGGGCCACUUGUCCAAGGCUCUGGAGCUGGCAUUUAUGACAGAGCAGUUUGGAGCCCUGCAGCUCAUUGCAGAGGAUUUAGAUGAGAAGUCUGACCCCGCUCUUCUGGCUCGUUGUUCUGAUUUCUUCACUGAGCAUGGCCAGUAUGAGAAGGCUGUUGAACUCUUGCUGGCUGCCAAAAAGUACCAGGAUGCCCUGCAACUUUGCCUGGAACAGAACCUGACUAUCACUGAGGAUGUGGCUGAAAAAAUGACCAUUUCAAAGGAUUCCAAGGAGCUUUCAGAGGAUUCCCGGCGGCAGCUCUUGGAGCAGAUAGCUGACUGCUGUAUGCGGCAGGGCAAUUACCACAUGGCCACCAAAAAAUACACUCAAGCGGGAAACAAGGUGAAAGCAAUGAGAGCACUGCUGAAAUCUGGAGACACAGAAAAGAUUGUGUUUUUUGCUGGCGUCUCGAAGCAGAGGGAGAUUUACAUCAUGGCUGCCAACUAUCUCCAGUCCCUGGACUGGCGUAAAGACCCAGAGAUUAUGAAGAACAUCAUCAGUUUUUAUACCAAAGGAAGGGCUCUGGACCUCCUAGCUGCUUUUUACGAUGCUUGUGCUCAGGUGGAGGUGGAUGAGUAUCAAAACUAUGAGAAGGCUCUGGGAGCUCUGACAGAGGCUUACAAAUGCAUGUCAAAGGCAAAGACAAGAAGUGCUGUUGAGCAAGAGAGCAAGCUUGUGCUCUUACACAGCAAGAUGGCACUGGUGAAAAGGUUCAUUCAGGCGCAGAGACUUUACUCAGAAGACCCCAAAGAGGCAGCCAAGCAGUGUGAGCUACUCCUAGCUGAGCCAGAGCUUGAAAUCGCCAUCCGCCAGGGGGAUAUCUUAGGCUUUCUAGUGAAGCAUUACCUGCAAGUACAAGAAUUCCAGAUGGCAUAUCAGUACCUGGAAGAGAUGCGGAAAAAGAUUCCCUGCGUGAACCUCAGUUAUUAUGUAAACCAACAAAUUGUGGAAGCAGUUCACAGAGGAAUGGGCAUCCCACUAAGCCGAAACCCUGCCCCAGAGAGAGUUCGCCACAACAGCAUGGAGGAGAAAGAGGUGGAAGAGGAUGUGGCCGAUGAAGUCGAGGCUUUCUAAGGAGUUCCACCUGGGACCCUGGGAAGUGGGACCACCUUUCUUGCAUUGCUGGAAAAAAGCUGGGAGAUGGGCGAACCUCAUUUUGCUAGGACCAAGUAAACCAAUGCAAAGCCAUCUUUUAAUCUCUAUCAUUUAUUUGGUUUAUUUUUAAUUUUAAUUUUUCACUGUGCUUGAAAUGUACAGCUCUAAACUGUAGGUUUAUACAUUUUAUAGCCAGUUACAAGAUGGAUAAUGUAUUUCAGGAAUUGUUCAGAAAAAGCAUUGCACUCAUAAGCCUUGAAUCCUCGGGUGUAAAUAAAGUUAACAAUAUUCAUAUAUCUUAAUAUUUUAUUAUUUAUUUAUUUAUUUACAAAUGUCUUGAGUUAAUCUUAUCACAAAAGAUGAGGCACUGGAUUACAGUGGUUUCAGAGGUCCAGAAAUUAUUAACUGAGAGAAAUAUAAACGUAGGCUUCCAUGUGUACCAUCUGAAAAGCUGCUGUGAUGAAAGUUACAACGAAGUGUCAGUGUUCUUAUC